AUGUCCUCAAAAGAAAAGAAAACAAAGAAGCAUCACCACCAUCAUCACCAUAAAAAAGCAUCGGUUGUCCCUCCGAAAAAUUCAAAAAAGCGGCACAACCAUAAGAAAAAAGGGACAAAAAAGGAGAGAUCGAGCACAAAGUUGCAUGGAACCGCAUCGAAUGGAAGCCUCCGUAAACUCAAAAAACAAAUCUCAACUGAUGACGUUUCCACGGAUGGAACCCCUUUUCUUCCAACGAUUACUGUAUCCGACACUGCUGUAAACCUGUUUUCCGAGGUACCUUCGGCUCCAACUAAACUCACAGCGACAGCUAAAGUGAUGACACCAACUGCAAUGUCUCCAACUCCAACUGCUGUUCCAAUCAUGGCUCCUCCUCCAGUUCUUGUGACUCCGCCUACUGUCCAAACGGUCACGACACCUGUCAAGUGGAAGGCUGAGGAUGUGGCACUGGGAUACAUUGAAAAAAUGGAUGCCGCCAUGGCCCGUCUGGAAUACAUCGAAGCAUGUUCCUCCACAAAGCCUCUCGUCGAGAAAGAUUGUCUCCUCUGGAAGAAGAAUCUCCAUAAAAACCAAACGGACGCCUAUCCGUGUCUCGACUCAACCAUCGUCAAGAUUCCCAACCAACCGGAUGAUUAUGUGAACAUGUCAACAAUCACUGUUCCACAUUGUCGUUAUCCAAUUCUGAUGGGUCAGAUGCCGAAGAGAGGUUUCGAGGAAGAGUUUUGGAGGGCUGUAUUCAAUGAGUCAGUGGUUAUGAUGUAUGUUCUGAUGGGUGCAGAAGAUGAGAAGAAUGACUUCUUUCCGACGACUACGGGAGCUUAUAUCUAUUAUGGGAGCAUGUUUGUCAAUAUUAGAAAGGUAGAAAAAAUGGAUGAGGAACGUACGGCCUACACAAUCGAAGCUCUUCCGAAUGGACUCUCCAACUCGAAUAUGAUAAACGUCUAUGUGCACACAGGUUGGGAGCCAUUCGGUGUUCCAGUCAAGUAUGCAAACACGACUCGUUCCGUCGUCGACGUCAUGAACUUUGUGAAGACAUCGAAUGGAAGCGAGAAGAUGAUGGUUGUAUCGAAGAAUGGAUGUGGACGAGCUGGCUAUUUCCUCUCGUUGGGCGCCUCGUUCUGCUGUUUGAAUGAUGGUUCGGAGCCACGGAUGGGCGAAAUUGUGAAGGCGUUGAGAGUUCAGAGACCGAAUUCUGUGGAUAGUAUGAAACAAUAUGCAUCACUCUAUCUAUGUCUUCUUUACUACAUCAAGAAGAAGGUCUCGAUCCCCGACCGAUUGAAACAGAAAGUGGAGGAAGUCACAAAGGAGUUUGAGGGUCUCAUUCGUCAGGAUGUAUCAAUCGCUUAUUAG